UGCGUCUCAGCAGCGGAGGAAAGGUCUGUGCGUCCUUCAUGCACGUCCCUUCAGCACUAUUAGGCUACGACCCAUUUAGAAUAACCUUUCAAGUUAAUCAAUCUUAUGAAUUUAGCCUCAUUGUUGUUUAAUAUGAAGAGCUUCUUCCGGAAUUUGAAAGAAAUGUGAAACAUCCUAAAAAUGAUUUUGCUGAUCCGGUGGAUGCUGAGAUCAUGAUGAGGGAGGGGUCCAGUGGGAUGGAGCAGAGUUUCAUGCAGUCCGCGAUGGCUAUGGGUGCACAGUCCAAGAAAGGCUUCUCCAGAAGCAUCGCCGUGGAAAGAAAAAACCUUAUCACGGUCUGUAGGUUUUCUGUGAAGACACUGUUAGAGAAGUACACAGCAGAGCCCAUCGAUGACUCGUCUGAGGAGUUCAUUAACUUUGCUGCUAUUCUGGAACACAUCCUCAGUCACCGCUUUAAAGGCUCUGGUAGCUGGUUUGAUGGUCACCGCAGUUUUUGGGACUUCAUCCGUCUAGCCUGCAGUAAAGUCCCCAAUAACUGCAUAAGCAGCAUUGAGAACAUGGAGAACAUCAACUCCUCACGAGCAAAGGGCAGAGCAUGGCUACGGGUUGCACUAAUGGAGAAACGUCUGUCUGAAUACAUCGCCACAGCUUUGCGAGAUAGUCGCACCACAAGGAGGUUCUACGAUGAAGGUGCCAUAAUGUUGCGAGAAGAAGCAACUGUUCUGACUGGAAUGCUCAUUGGACUCGGAGCGAUUGACUUCAGUUUCUGUUUGAAGGGGGAGGCUCUGGAUGGGAAGUCUGAGGCUGUUAUUGACUACACUCCUUAUCUGAAAUUCACACAAAGUUAUGAUUAUCUUAGUGACGAUGAGGACGGUCAGAGCGUGGACAGCAGUAACAGUGAUGAGAGCGUCGAGCAUCCUUACAUCCCUCUGGUCACAGAUGAGGAGAGCUGGAGGAUCAAGUGCCGCAAGAUGGAGCAGAGGUUCAAGAUCGUCAAUGCGCAAAAGGGGUACCUUGAGGAGCUGGUGAGGCUGCGGGAAUCUCAGUUGAAGAAUGUGGAGAUGGAGAAUAAGAAACUAACAGCUGGACUAGAAGAACUGCAACUACAGAGCCAGAAAGAGAAGAGAGAACUGGAGAACAUCAUACUGGAGCUGCAGGAACAACUGACAAGUCUGAUUCCAGGUGAAUCGCAUCCCCUUUCUAAGGAUUUGUCAAUCCCUCUUGUUAACCAGUGGCCAUCACUCCACAAAUACAACAACCAGGAGGACAGAAAAUUGUACCACAGGGGUAGUUUCCCCAGCCCGGAGCCACAUAUCAGCCUAACCACAGGUUCUCAGAGGACGGAAAGGAAACAGAAUGGAAAAGCCUGGUGCACAGCAGAAAAAGACUACACUCCAUCUAUGUUAGGUCUGUGUGGUUCUCUGUCCUCUUUACCCAGCUGUAAGUCCCUGCCAAGCCUGAGGUCAACAGAGUGCCUGGUGAACAUCAGCGCAGAGCCCAGUCCUGCUUUAACCCCCAGCUAGGGUCCAGCAAAUGAGACCAAUGUCACAAGCAGAGAGAAUCUGCACUGUCAGCUAAGACAUCCAAAGAUAUAAUGGCUUGGGUACAGCCUGUGUAAACCGUGUUACCCUAAUUCUCACAGAAGUAUCAUCCUGCUUCCCCUUGAAGAGAUAUAGCUAGACCACUGUAGUUAUGUUGAGAUGUUUUCUUACAGUUUUUGUCUUGUCAGAGCUUUUCAAAUGCGGAUAUCUCUGAAUGUCUUUGCUGUUCAGGUAUUUCUCCUGACUUGUUGUGGUAACCAGUGAAGGCAAAUUGUGGACUAUGCACUGACUGACCUGAGACCUGCCUGAAUCGUCACUACUAAAGGCCAACACUGCUUUCCCACAUUCUGCUGCCCUUUAAAAUCUCCUAUGGGAACAUACCCUUACAAAACACAUACAAACAAAAUCAAACAGACACUAACAGUCAGAAAUUAACAUUGAACAGUGUGUGAAAGAAAGCAUAUUAUAGUUACAAAGUAGUAUUUUGACAUUAUCGUCACAUUUGUUUUAAACCAUCUAAACAUCACAUUUCUGCCAAAUAACAUGCAAGAACUGAUAACAAGAUGAUGUGUAUGUCUUACUUUACAGUCUACUGUACAGUUAUAGUGGUAAUAAAAUGAAAGACAUUUCUGGAAUAGCUGCCUUAUUCCUCUUUUCUUGCCUCUUGAAAAAGUUUGAGCAUCCUGCACAUGAUGGCAGUGUACUAUUGCUGAAUGACUGAUAGUGAUUGACAUAAACAGAUGAACCAGUAUAUAUCUGCAUACUGUUGUAUUGUACUGUAUGUUUGACAUCUAUUUGUCAUCUGUUGUUGCAUCAUUACAAUACGUCUGCAGUGUGUGGACCACUGUCAUUUUUGGUAUAUUAGCAACAGAUUUGACACCUUGCAUUGAUUUUAAUCACAUUGGCAUCAUAUAAAAUUGAUAAGCUAGAUCUCCCCCCUCCAUUAUCAUUGUAAUUGAAAGUCUAUUUGUUUGAGAAUGUGUGUGUGUGUGUGUUGUGUUAGGCUGUUCACCUUCAAUUAUCAUUAAAUAAAUUCAUUUUUUUUUUACUCAUUGCACAUUUUAUUGUUUAAAAAGCCAUUGGAACCUAUGCUGUUUGUCAUUUUAAAUUGCAAUAAAACUGCCUUUUUUGUCCUAA